AUGAACAUAUUAUGUGAGAAGAAACAGGCUGCGUAUAAAGCGGGGGCUCUAUCAUCAAAAUCAUCAGUAACAUAUAUUUCCUUAUAUGAAGGGUUUCAAAGGUUUCGUAAGGAUUUAGAACGGUUGGAACAAUUCAUUGAGCUAAAUGGAACUGGAUUUUCGAAAGUACUGAAGAAGUGGGAUAAACGCUCCAAGAGUCACACCAAAGAGCUGUACCUGUCGCGAGCUGUUGAUGUCCAGCCUGUAUUCCACAGAGAGGAGCUAGCCAACUUUUCAGAUGUAGCUAGCUCCAGUCUGAUAGAGCUGGAAGCUUGGUCUGAUGGUGAUAAUGUAUUAUUUGAAGAACAGCCCGGACAAGCAUUAGAUGUUAAGGACUUGCCAGGUGGAUUAAGAGAACACGAUGAUCUAUAUAGAGAGUUUGUGCAGGCGACAUCAACUUUGAAGCACAACAAUGAGGUACAGGUGGAAGAGUUUGUUACCGAUUUUGUUCACAAGCUCCAGCAAACAAAAGAUGCAAAAGAAAGACUAACAAGGAUUUUUCUGCUGGCCAUUUCAUCUGAAGCUGACAAUCUUGCUUUGGCAGCUUUGUACAAGUCCGGGUUUGUCGAUAUCCACGCAGUAGACGAGUUCUCUGGAAAGACGUGUCUUCAUAGAGCUGCUGCCACGGAUAAUAGGAGAGAUCUGAUCAAUCUGGCACUCUCGCAGAACGUAGAUGUCAGUAUAUCUGACGUUUACGGCAAAACUGCCUUGCACUAUGCAUGUUUAAACAAUAGAAGAGAGCUCAUUGCACCAUUGCUCAAGCAUGGUGCUGAUAUCGACGCUCUUGACAAGGAUAAUUUCUCUCCAUUGUUACUCUCAAUCGUACAUAAUUUUGCUGGAUGUGUUGAAGACCUCGUGAAUGCUGGAGCCAAACUUAAAGUUGACUCAGAAAAGGACUAUAUACCAUUGAAUUUAGCCUGUCAGUAUGGCAAUUAUGACAUUGUCAAGAUCCUAUUGGACAAGAAUCCGACCGUCAUCUCUGCUGAUGUUGAAGGCUUAUAUCCUAUUCAUGUGGUGGCGAGAGCUGGUUUAUAUAAGCUGGUGCCAUUAUUGAAAUCAUACAAUAUAGACAUGAAUGAGCUGGAUAAGUUAAAUCAGUGGACCGCACUUUGUUAUGCGGCCAGCGAGGGACAUUAUAGAACUGUCCGAGCACUUUUAGAUGCUGGUGCUGAUCCGACACUCCAUGAUGAUAAUGGAUUUAGUGCGCUGUAUCAUGCCGCCUGGGAAGGUAGAGCAAGAUGUACCUGGGAGUUGUCGCGAAACUUGUCUGGAGUGGUCGAUACCUCGCGUAACGUUCAUGGACCAGGCAAUGAUCAGUCUGGCUCUAAUAUUGAAGAUACUCUAAAUGAUAUGGAAUUGUCCGAAUCUACAGAAUUGGAUGUAAUUCCUGAUCUGUCGCUUCCUCCCCCUAUUAUUCCCCUUCAGCGAUACGGUCACAAUUUCUUGGAUAACAAGAAAAUUAUUCUUCAAUUGCUUUUCGAUCCUUCAGCCAAACCUAUCAACUUUCACAAGGAUGAGGAUGCCUUACCGGCUGGUAGAUUGACUAUUUCUACAAGAAAUAGUUCUGAUUUCAUCCCCAGAAGCAUAAUUUUACCUAUUUCAGACAACGAUAGAGUGGUCACUUUUCAGGUGGAAUCAUUAGAUACGUUUGCAAUUGAUUUUGAAGUUUUUUCGACGUUCGGAACUAGAGUCAUUGCCAAGACCUCUGUUUUGCCUUAUGUGUUUAAUGAAAACAAAAAUAACGGCAGCGAACACAGUUGCAGAUUGCCAAUGUUUGAUGUACGUUUGAAGCCUGUCGGUGAUUUGUCAUUUAAAUUCCAGAUUGUACGCCCGUUCAGUGGUAAGCCACUUGAGAUCACGAAAUAUGAUACCUAUUGGAAGUCGACUAGUCAAGUUGAGUCUCAACAACCACAUCAAUCGGUACAAGCAAUGUCAUUUGUUACAGCAUCCUCCUUAUCUGGUUCCUACAGCCAAGUGUCAGUUUGCUUAACUAAAGACUUUCAUCCUGUCGUUUCAGACUCGUGGAGUAUACUGGUGAAUGGUAUUGAGAUUCCUAUAGGCAAUAUUACUUUGGAAAACCUGUUACGGCUUCAAUCUAGUGGAGAUUUUGCUUUGUCAUUGGAUGAGAUCUAUGCUACUUUGUCAACACUAACUGACGCAAGACAAUUGCAUUCGGUAAUCAAGGGGCGUGCAAUCCCAUUAAAGGAUAUCUUGGCCAAACUACCUAUUCCAAUUAAGCUCAAUAUUUGUGUCUUGUAUCCUACUUCACUAGAAGUGUCGCUUUCUAACUUUGGUCUUCCUGCGUUUGCCGAAGUUAACGCAUAUGUUGAUCACAUUCUUACCAUUCUGUUUGACCAUGCUAGAGAGAUACGUAAGGUGUCGGCUGAUCCUGUCACUGGAGUUGGAAUCUGUCGAUCCCUGAUAUUCUCCUCCGCUAAUCCUGACGUCUGUGCCGUGCUCAAUUGGAAACAACCUAACUAUCCCGUAUUCUUUUACAUGACAGGUUUUGAUACAUCUGGCAAACAGUACCGUAGUGCUCAUGGAUUCCCUAUCGAGGGCGGCGAAGACCGGAGAUGUGUUAGUAUGAAGGAUGCUACUAAUUUUGCAGCUAAUAAUAACCUUCUUGGAAUCAUAUGUAGUUCUGAGCUGCUGACGCUAGUGCCUAGUCUCGUACCCUCUGUUCGUGCAGCUGGAUUGGUUCUGGUGUCAGACCUGAAUGACACGAAUGUGGAUAUACAAGCACAGGAUGGUGUCGAUGGUGUCCGCACUCAUGAUGUUCUCAUAUUUAAACAGACAAUUGACAUGUAA